UUUACAUAUUUAAAAAAUCAUAAUUAACUGUUGUAUACACAAAAUUUAUAUAAAUUAAAUCAUUUUGAUUGCGGAUGGAAUGAUUUGCGAAUCUCCGUCGAAAUUAUUGGACCUGCUCGUAGAUAAUGGGCUGCAAUCUUGAAUUUUAAUUUGAAAGUUAGUUCGAUUGAGUUGAAUCAUCUUUCUGAGUAGUCAUAGAAACGAGACGGAUACUCCCGAUGUUAUAUUACAGUCAGCAGGUGGAUGGACAUACGUGAUUGUCGCUUUAGCAAACCGCAAACUCGUGUGACAGUCCGUUCGGCAAACUAACAUAAUCGCGCAUAUUUUUCUCUUAAGAAUUUACGAUUUUUAAUCAAUGGAUCAAAAGUAUCAGAGAGUCGGUUUGGGUGUAGGUGCUUUUCAUAAUCCUCCAAGAGCAAAAUAUAGCGAGGAAACCAGAAAUCUUAUUAAGCUUUUAAUGGAGGAAUCUAAGCUAACAAUGUUGCAAAGGAAGACGAUCCAGGAAGCAGUUGACAAGGGCGAAUCCUUACCAUCUUCUAUUGAAAGGACGAAGAAGAAUAAAGAUAAGAUCGAAGAUAAUCAAGUUAAAUCAUCUACUACAUGGAGGAGACGUUCACAGGACAUGAUUAUAAGCAGUGGUGCUUAUGAGAGGGAACAAUACAGGAGGACAAUGCCUUUACGUAAAAAUUAUAAAUAAUUCUUUAGAAUUAUAAAUGAAUGAUACAUUAAAUGACAUAUACAUUUUACACGAUUAGCGAACAUGGAAAAACAAAAACGUCACUUAGCAUGCAUGAUGGCUUAUGGGAAGGAUAUGCCAGAGACUCCUCAUGGUCCCAAAAUCCUUCAUAAAAUUAGACGAGAGCCACAAAUACCUGAAAAUGCGGAUGUUCUAAACGAAUUGGUACAAGGGAUUCGAGAGAGAAUGGAUUUUUUGCACGAUAUGGAAAAUCUCGGAAUGGGAAAAAAAUAUCGGCCUAUAAUACAGCAGGAGUUAGCGCAGAAGAUACGACUCAUCGAGUCGCUAGAUAAACAAACAUCGGAGGAACUGCGAAAAGAGAUAUAUGAAUUUAAAUAUGAAAAACCAUUGCCAAAACCAUUUCCGCUUGGAGACUUGGAAGAAAAUUAAUUUCGAAAUAAUCCGGCUUCGAUGUAAUCUACAUAUAAUGUAUGAGAUAUAUGAAUUAUGCAAGAUAGAGCGGGUUAAAUAUAUGUGUCAAAUAUAUUUUUAUCAAUUUCAAUUAUUUGAUAAGCUGCAAAAAAAUUUCAAUAAGGUAACAAAAAAAAUAAUUUUGUAUAAUACAUAUAAUUCACUUAUCUUAAA